AUGAAACAAUUCAAAUCCGUCUUUGAUGAUGACUCGGGCUUGACAGACGAGAUGGCCGAGUUUAAGCGGGCUCUGCAGGGACAACGCGACGUCGAAGGAACUGUCACACUUGCUGUUGUCUCAGAAUCACGGCAAGAUAUCGCAAUGCUGCUUGAGGAAUUCAUCGUUUUCGGCAAAAACACUGAACAAACACAACAAGUGGUGCAGGAAACACACAAAGGCGUGCAGGCUCUGAAAGAUGACUCGGACCGAACCAAGACACUUGUCAAGAUCCGGGAUAUUCUCGGGGUGCCGUCUACAGUGCGGCUCGAUACAAAUACUACGCAGACAUGUACCAACAUCUCGGACAGAUGCCUCGAUGGAACUGGGUCAUGGAUUUGGACACACGACGCGUAUCUGGCCUGGACGGCGCCGAAAGAUAAAUUGAGCUCGCACGUGCUCAUUGUGUCAGGCCCUCAAUCUUCAGGCAAGACGUCCACCAGUGCCUUGAUUACCAAACGUCUCGAGGAGCAAAAGGGGCGCACCUACGUGGGACACUACUUCUUUCCUGCUAAUACGAAGAAGUCCGAUGAGGAUAAGAACCCUGUGCAGUCAGCGCUGAAGUACAUAGCUUUUCAAAUUGCUCGUGUUGAUGCCACGGUGCAAAAUGCCCUCAGUAAGGCAUGCGACGGGGGCCCUGCCGCAUUUCGUCGUUCGGCUAGCCCCGAAAAUCUGGACAUUUUAUGGGGUGACCUCAAGAUCGGAGUGCCUGGUUCAGGCGCAACAUACUACCUCGUGUUCGAUGGGCUUGAGAACUUACCUAACAAGCACACAGAGAUGCUGCUUGGUUUUAUCUUCGGUUCCAGAUUGGGUGGGGAGGUGUCCGGGCGGGUACGCGUCCUUGUGAGUGGGACGGAUGAGCAGCUUUCCAGAUGGUUGGCAGUCGACGCUGCCCUGAGGAUCCAAAUGGAGAAGCAGAAUGGGCCAGAUAUGCGCAUCGUUAUCGACGAGACUCUCAACAAGCAGGGGAUGCUUCAGAAUGUGAAGACCAAUUCAGAGCAACAAAAAGCAAGGAAUAAAAUUGUCGAGAAACUGCCCCAGAAUGUCAAUGGAAGCUAUUCUCUGCUGCAGUUCGGGCUGGGAAGCGUUAUCCGUCUACUAAGCACACGUACGGCGAUCCAGGAGUUAGACCGAAUGCUCGACCAAUCGAUGAGUAGCCACGAGGCCGCAAUUAAAAAUCUGCAGCGGUCAUUAACGACAGAUGAGAUCAGCGAGCUGAAUGAACUGCUGAAGUGGGUGCUGUUUGGCAACUAUUCUCUGACGUUGGAUCAGCUUGAAGCUGCAAUGUUACUAUACUCGGGCAUAUCAUCUCUUACAUCCCUGGAAUACAUCAUCAAGAACAAAUACUCAGCCGUGUUGAAGAUUGAAGACGGCUAUGUUUAUGCUCAAGAUGGGGUCCAGAAAUACCUGGAGAAGAAGAAAGAUUCAGCUGCCCGGUCAUCUCUCUCAAAAGAUCGCGCAACUAUCAGCAUGUCCAUCACUAUAAAUAACGUAGACCAAGAGCUGUGCGGACACUUUCUCUGGGACCUCGCUGAUAUGGCAAUCCGAGACAAAUUUAAGUUCAGCUUCAGUGGUGAAAACUCCAACCCCUUGCACAGUAGUAGCAGCCAGGGCGCCAUCGCUGCUGACGAGUUUGAAGCAAAUCACACCAUUAUUACUCGGGCAUUUGAAUACCUCAACAAUGAACCAAAUGACCAAAGUAAGGAGAUUGGAGAAUAUCUUGUCUGCUGGCUACCCUAUCACCUAGGUCGAUUACGCCAACUUGAAGACGAAGACAAAGGGGCGCUGAUGCCACACGAGCAGCUUCACAUCGGUCAGAAUUUGUACAAGCUCUUCAAGGAUGAAAUCGUGUUCAAGCGGCACAAGAAGACCUUCGAGCAGAUUUAUUGGACGCUAGAAGAGAUGCGGGAUGUGCAGAAGUGGUUGAUGGACUCGGCAGUGGUGCGAAAGCUAGAUAAAAAGUGGCGGGCCAAGGUGCAAUUUGCUAUAACACCGACGAGAGGCUACUUGAAGGAACUCGUUAUUUUGAUCGCGCGGAGCUUUCUGAGAGAGAGAAGUUGGUCGGUCUCAAACGCUCGUAGGUGGCUUCAGGAGUUCAUGGCUAUGGAAGACAGCAAACCAGCACAGUCUAGUAUACCCUCUGACGCAAAACUCGAUGACGCAAACUCCGUUGCUUCCUCCUCUUCAUCAUCCUCCAUCGCUUCCAUAAGCGAUGUCAAUUGGGACAAGCUGAGCAUGUGGUGCCGAGAUAUUCUUGAGCUGGCAGACCAAGAUCUCGACUCCAUUUGGUAUGAGCGCCUUGCUGAAGCCUCGAGCCUUACAGGAAGUGACCCUGAAGUCACGGUGUCACUCUACGAGCGUGCUAUCAAGUUGAAGGACCCAAGUUGGCUGUGUCAUCGCGGUCUGGGAACUACGCACUACAAUCAAGGCCGAACUGCAGAUGCAAUUGCACAAUUAACAAUGGCACUCAAGGAAGUUGAACAGAAGGAUGCCGUGCCGAAACCAGAGGCUAAAGAUAUCGUUGAGUUGCAUCUAUUAUUAGGCGACUAUACUUAUGUGGAGGGGGAUAUGUCUAGUGCGAUGGAGCAUUACUCGUUCGCGUGCAAGAGCGACAAUGCAGACCAGGCGACACAGGGACAGCUGGGCCAUUUAAAGGCAAAGUUGGGGUCACCUGAUGCGGAAAAUAUGCGCCAUACGCUGAAGACAAUGCUCAUUGACGAAGGCGGUAAAGAGAGAAUGGUCAAUGUCUUGAAGAUGGUAGCGCGAGAUUUCGACCAUGACGCUGUCGUUUCGAAAAUGUUAGCCUUGGCCAAGGAAGAUUCAGAUCUAUUACAGGGUAUCAUCGACGCUAUGCAAGCGGCUACUGGAAAGUAUUCAGCUAUCGAAGAUCGCACUACGGAGCCACUUGAGGUUGCCGACCGUUUUGCCGCGGACGAGGCUCGCGGCGUGUUAUUGUACGACCUUGGCCUCGCGAUCUAUACGUAUCACGUCUCUUUAGACGGCGUAGAACCAAUCAACGAAGCUAUCCGGCUUUGGGCUGAAAGUCGUGAUCAACUCACAAGUAUCGGCGGUCCUAAUGCCUCAAUUGCGCGUUCGAAUGCUACCUCCGCGCUGGCGAACCAUUACUUCCAGAGUAUGAUGGACGGGCUGCACCUUGAUAAUAUCGACGCAUUAGCAAGGCUAGCUAAGGACGACUCAGAUGUCUAUCACAACGAUCCGGUCGGCUUCUUGGGCGCCCUGCACGCGCUGCGCGGCGAUAAGGAGCAGGCCAGAGCAGUGUUAAUACGACAAGUCAGACAGGCACUUCAGAUUCUUUCAGAUGACAUGCCUGAAAAUGACACAAUCGGCUUCUCUAUCAUUCACAAAGCACUGGAGCAUUACCAAGACUUUAAAAAUGCGGCAGUUGCCCUGUCUCUGCUUGGACAGCCCGAUCUCGUAACAGACGCGCUGUACUUCGAGAUUGGGGACAUACCGGAGGACUAUGGCGAGGACAAGCAGCAAUUGUUGGGAAUAAUCACCAAAAUAGCUAAAGAAACAAUACUGUUCGCUAAAAAACAGGUGCCGGAUAUCUCAAAGCAACUCGAACGCAUACAAGUGGCCAAGACGUAUGUCGACUCGUUAGUAAUCGCUGCUCAGGCAAGCAUCAAACCGGUGACAGAUAGCGAUGUCGACAUCGAGGCCCGGAAACCUGAGACCGUCAAUUCUAUCACCGGCACCGCACACCGCCUAAUGCAAUCCCGCCUCUCAGACCUGGAACAAUCGCAUACUCCUGAGCUGAACCUCGCUGUCUUUCAGUGGAAGAAUUCUACCAUUGCAUUUAUUGCUCGAACCGAGACUUUUGCGGCGACUGCCUUGCUCGACUUCGCGAAGGUCACGAGGUAA